UGCACACCAUGGCUUACCGCUGAGUCUAACUGCUCUGCAAUGGGCUCCCAGUUGGUGACUGUGCACAACCAAGAAGAAAAUGUUUACGUUCAGCAUCGACAUAACGGAGAAAGAUCUUGGAUUGGACUCAAUGAUCGGAGCGUGGAAGGAUCAUUUGUUUGGACAAAUAAAGAAUUAAGCAAAUUUAGAUUCUGGGCUCCCCAACAACCAAAUGACUGGAACAACCAAGACUGCGUGCACACUCUUGGUGCAAAGCAUGAGUACACUUGGAAUGACGUGCCAUGCAAGAAUUGCUUCAAUUUUACGUGCUUUACAGACUUUGACGAAUGCAAGACACACACUGACAACUGUGCAGACAACGCAGAUUGUACGAAUACCGCGGGGUCGUACAUCUGUACCUGUAGAGCUGGGUAUUCUGGUGAUGGAAGAACAUGCAACGAUAUAGACGAAUGUUCCACAAACUCCCACAGCUGUGACGCCAGCGCUAUUUGCACUAAUAGUCAAGGGUUCCAUAGCUGCGCAUGUAAAGUUGGGUAUUCGGGGAAUGGAAAAACUUGUGUUGACAUCGAUGAAUGUACCAGUGGUGUUCAUGGCUGCCACCGCUUUGCGUCAUGUAUCAAUAGUGCAGGGUCUUACAGCUGUUCCUGUAACAGGUAUUACACAGGAGAUGGAAAAACGUGCAGGCUCUCGGCAUCAGAAUGUCAAAACUACCAAAGUCUGAAUGGCGGGGACAGGCAUAUAUCUUACGGAAAUACUCAUACAUAUUGUGACAGUGGACUCUCUGGCUGGUUCCGUUUUGAAGGUUCUGCAGGUACAAGAAUGGCCACAUCAUGUCAGUCUCAGAACCGUUGCAACAGUCAUGCACCUGGAUAUUUGACUGGUGGACAUCCCUCAGUGGCUGAUGGUCAGGUCACUAGACUGGUCUGUUUUCAUUGGAGUUAUAGUUGCUGCAAUUGGUCAAGAUACAUCACAGUGAGAAAUUGUGGUGCUUACUACGUAUACUACAUAACUGGGACGCCUGGAUGUUCUCUUCGUUACUGCGGCACAUAUUAAUUUUGUGUAGGGCUCAGGAGUCGAAAUCACUUUGUCGCAGUUCCAAAAUUAAUAGAAAUUUUAAACAAUUUAACCAUUGAUUCCUGGAUAUCAUUACAUCUAAUUCAAAAAUCAGUUUUCAAAUAGAUAAGCAUGGGUAUUGUUUUAAGUUGAUUUUAAUUAGAAAGGGAAGAGUGAGAAGAAGUCUAGAACCGUUUAUACAAAGUUCACAUUCUCCUCUAGAAAUAAGAGAUAUAAUCAAGGUACCUCAUGGUUUCUUAAAACGAGUCUUGGCGAUAAGUAGAUAAAUAAAUGGACGAGUAAGGGACAAAAUAAUCAAAUAUUGAAUAGACUUAAUGAUGAAGUUUUGCUUUUAUCGACGAAUAAAUCAAAGCAAAAAAGAUAGAGUUUUUUCGCCAAUGAGUUUCCGUGACAAAUAAAAAUUUGCUAGGUUUGAAUUCAAGAUUUGGGUGAGAAUUUACAGUAAAACUACUUGAAUGGAUGAAGAAAAGACAAAAAAAGAAAAAAAAGAAAAAAAAGAAAAAAAACAUGUUUUAAAGAGCUUGUCGAGAGCGUGGUUCGAGGAAACAUCUGAGGAAGAUUUCCUCUCAUGGCGAUUAAAACCUAACGAGUUUUAAUGGAUGCUAAUCGGCGAGCUAACAUUAGUAUUAAAAAAAAGAAAUUCUAACUUUUCUUCUGAGAUACCUUAAGCAGAUCCGUUAAUCUUACGACUCAUUUCUUGGAUGUGGUUUUGGAUUCUUAGACCUCCUAACCUUAACUAUAUCCAGUACUCAUAUUCGACAAAAAGGAUGCUUUAAACUGUUCUUUUAUUAUACUUUGGAUCAAAUACAAAGCUAUCAAAGCAUCAGUUUCGGAAAAUCAUUCAGCUAUUCUGCGGUGUAGCAAACCUUCUAAACGAACUUAAUUUAAGAUAUAUAUAUAUAUAUGUCAAAAGGUCACUCGA